UGCCAAGCAUCCACAUUUUGAUCACAUGACCAAUUGAAGGAAAAGCAGCAAGAGAAUGGAAGAAAGGAAAAGGGUUAUAAAUAAAAAAUCAGAACCCCUGUAACAUUUUGUGGAUGAAGUGAGGGGUUAUGUAACUACAUUUUCAUGGAAGUUUCCCAAAACAGAAGGAUACGACUUUAUAGCUGUCCCAGAUUCCAGCUAUUUCAUCCCCUCCUUCCAACAUUUUCACCUUCCACUGAGCGUACUUGAUUCUCAUCUAAAUGUUUUCUGACAAGUCCCUCGAUGCAUUUCCUUUUUCCUAACAAUUUCUGGCAGUGGAGUAUACACUUCCCCAAUCGGAGCCUCGCCUUUGUAUCCCAACCAGGCGGGAGGCAGAAUAAAAGGAAGCCGUUUAAAGGCGGGAGGAGAGAAAAUACCGAGGUUGGCUUGCUCCCGAUUCACAACGAAAAAGGCGAAGGGAAACUCGCAAUUUGGGCUGGCAGGUUGGACCUUCCAAGCAACUAAUAUUCUCUGAACCGAAGAUAUAACAGUGGCGAUGAAGAUGGGAUGUGCUGCUUCAUUGAGAGAGCUUGAAGUCACUAGGGGGUGAGGUCAGCACAGAGCCUGACAGGAACUAUGUCCCCCUCCCUGGUCUGCCAGCAAGUCAUGCUGGAGACUACCACGCCCCAAGGAUCCAUCCUAGGGCCUACACAGAAGCCAACAGGGCAAGGCAUUGAACGAAGAAACAAACCACCAUGGCGAAGGUUGGGAAGAAUUGGACGUAACUCACCCAGAGAGAUGGGUGUCCUACAUCUCCCAUGUCGAAAAUUACCUCCGCGCCAACCAGAUCGCCAAAGAUGGAUUGAAGGCUGCGACACUCCUCUGUGUGUGAAGCCCCACCACUUUCGACAUCACAGAGAACCUGGUCGCCCCAGUGCUGCUCGAGUCAGUCACCUACGCGGACUUGAAAAAAAAGUUCCGAGACCAUUUCGAGCCCAAGUUAUCCAUUAUUAGCAUGGAGGCGUGCUUUUGAACAGUGGGAGCAGCAACCCGGUGAGUCUGCAACAGAAUCCAUUGCCGCUCUUUGUCAAGCGCCCCGACUCUACAAUUUCAUGGAUUUGGAGGAGAGACUAUGAGACCGUUUAGUCUGCGGACUCCAGAAUCGAGAGCUCUAACAAAAACUGUUCGCUAAGGAGACUCUCUUGUUACAAGAAGCCUUGAAGGAGGUCAUGGCAGAUGAAGCCGCCUGAGGGGCCGUUAAAGCUCUAUGGCCCUCCAAAAGUGCGCCAAGCACUGAAGCCAUUUAUCACAAAGACGCUGAGCGGAUGGAAGACUACGAAGUCAACCAACUAUGAAAGCAUCUGGAGAAGGGAUUGCAGUGAGCUGAGAAGGCAGUUCCAUUCCUUAACUGCAUGGGCUGCAAAGGCUACCAUCAACACAUGGAUUGCUGAUUCCGAACUGCAAUGUGCCGGGCCUGUGGCAAACCAGGCCACAUCGCCGCCAUCUGCCGAGGUUGUCAGAGGGACCACUCAAAAGAAGAUGCAUUCAGGAAAGAACAUUCACAAGGGUACCAAAUUGAAACAGAGAUGCACCAUUUCUUUUGGCUAAUGCAAAUGUUUUCUUGGUUCUUAGGGUAAACUGAAUAUGUGGCUGGUUCUGAUUUUACUUUAUUGGCCUGUAUUAGUUGAAGGAAAAAUUUUGAACAGAAAUGUUAAUCCUGAAGCCAGACUGAAUUCAAAACAGCUCAUCCUGUACUGGAAAUAUCCUCUUGAGGAACAUUAUGUCAUUACAAAAGAUGGCUAUAUUCUCAACUUAUUCAGAAUUCCACAUGGCAGAGAAAACAACAAAACCACAAGUCCAAAGCGAGUAGUGUUUCUACAGCAUGGCUUGCUGGUGGAUGCUGCCAAUUGGUACCAAAAUUUUCCUCAUAAUAGUCUGGCUUUCAUGCUAGCAGAUGCUGGAUAUGAUGUCUGGCUAGGAAAUAGCCGAGGGAACACCUGGUCCAAGAAUCACACAUCUCUUUCUCCCUUCUUUGGGAAGUUUUGGAAAUUCAGUUAUAAUCAAAUGGCUAAAUAUGACCUUCCAGCCUCUAUAGAGUUUGUUCUGCAGAAAACUGGGCAGAAACAAAUAUAUUAUAUUGGUCACUCCCAAGGAACCACCAUUGCUUUUAUAGCUUUUUCAUCCAAUAAACAACUGGCUUCCAAAAUCAAACUGUAUAUUGCUUUAGCACCUGUUGCUACUGUUAAAAACGCUAAAACACCUUUAGCCAAACUUGCAAAACUUUCUGAUAAAGAAAUUAAGAUCUUAUUUGGAAGAAAAGAGUUUUUGCCCAAAACGUAUUUUGGUACUUUGUUUUCUACCAAAGUCUGCAGUCAGGAGGCGCUGGCGUCUAUUUGUAGCAACCUCUUAUUUGUAUUGUGUGGUUUUAAUGAGGGGAACUUGAAUAUGAGCCGAGUUGAUGUGUAUACAUCAUAUGUCCCAGCUAGUACAUCUGUGCAAAAUAUGAUUCAUUGGAAACAGGCCAUCAAUAGUGGUAAACUUCAGGCUUACAACUAUGGAAGGUUUGGAAAUAAAUUUCAUUAUGAACAGGAUUUGCCUCCUGAAUACAAUAUAUCAGCUAUGACUGUACCAACAGCAAUUUGGAAUGGUGGAAAUGAUUGGCUUUCUGACCCUGAUGAUGUUAAUCAAUUAAUCCCCCAAAUUCAAAACCUUAUUUCCCACAAAUUUAUUCCUCAAUGGAACCAUCUGGAUUUUAUGUAUGGUAUAGAUGCACCUGAUCAAUUGUAUUGUGAAAUAUUGGACUUACUACAGAGGAAUCCUUGAGAAAUGUUUGUCAGUAAUGAUAAGAAGUUCAUUUGUUGUUUGUUUUCUAUUGAUUUUUCCAUUUUUAAUAAACUUUCAGAUUACAUACAAAAUGAAAGACCAUCCUGCGAAUUCAUACUCUUAUCUCUAU